AAAAAUAAGUCCAAGAGGCCUCAAGCGCGCACCCAGGUGUCAUGUAGCCUCCUCUGCGAUUGAAAGUUGAAACUCUCAAGCCACUCUUCACGCAUGAAACCCUAGGAAUUAGGGUUUCUUUACCCUGCAAAAUUCACUUCAUUUCCUUCAAAUUUCCCUAAAUUUACCUCAAAUUACCUCACGUCAUUUUAAUUUUUGUCUGGUUAUUUCCCCCGAAUCAAAAGGGACUCUCAUUUUUAAUAGUGAAUUGGCGAUUGAUUAAGUCCUAAAAAUGGACGAUAUCACCCAUUCUAUGAAUCGAUCUAGAAAAGUCCCUUUAUACACUCACCCAGUCCACUCUCAGUACAAUUACGAUUACAUCUUAAACGACCCCGAAGAGGAAGAAGGAGAAGAAGAAUUAGAUGAAGAAAACGAUCAAGAAUCUGACGACAAUUAUAGCUCUAUAAGGUAUGCUAAUGCCCACAAUAAUUUUAAUAACGAGUUAAAUGACGACGGUUUUAAUAGAUACCCAAAGAGGCAAAGAAAGCUGAAAACGUUAGCUUCUGAUUAUGAAUUAGUUCCAAGAAAUAGUGGGAGAUUGUACGGAAAUUUAAAUAUAUCCACUGAUUGGAAUGAUCAUGAAAAAUUUAUGCUUUUGGAGGUUUGGGGUGAUAGGUUUUUGCAAUUGGGUAGGAAUAGUUUAAGAUCAGAGGACUGGGUUGAGGUUGCGGAGAAAGUUUCUGAAUUGUCAAAAGUUAAUAGAAAUGAAGCUCAGUGUAAACAAAUUCUGGAUGUUUUGAAGCGGAAGUAUAAAAAAGAGAAGGCCAAAUGUGGCAGUGGUGCUAAUAGUAAAUGGCCGUUUUUCAGAAAAAUGGAUAUGUUAAUGAAGCAAGAAUUUGGAAGUGGUGGUAGUGGUAGUGGUAUUGGUGGUAAUGGGUUUAGUUUAGCUUGUGGUGUUGAUUCGGGAGAGUUUGUUUUUAUGGAUACAAAUGUGUAUUUGGAGCGUGCUAAUGGGAAUGAUGAAAUGAGGGAUAGUCCGUGCGAAUCAGAGGAGGAAGAUGAAAGGGAAGGAGAGGGGUGUGGUGGACAUGAAGGAGUGAAAGGGUUGAGAGUGUUAGCAGAUUCAGUGCAGAAGUUUGGGGAGAUAUAUGAGAAGAUUGAGAGUAGUAAGAGAGAACAGAUGUUGGAAUUGGAGAGGAUGAGGGUGGAGUUUCAGAAAGAGUUGGAAUUACAGAAGAAGCAAAUUCUGGAGAAAGCGCAGGCUGAGAUUGCAAAAAUAAGGGACGGUGAUGAUGAGGAGGAGGAUGAAGGUGAGGAAGAUGAUGAUGAUGAUGAUGAUGAUGAUAAGUCAGCUGAGGAUGUCAGUGAAUGAUAGAGGUAGACAGGUCUCUCGGACAUUUCAAAGUUAUUAAACUGGUGAUUCACCUAUUAGGAAUAUGCAAAUAUAGCAAGCACCUUCAUAGUCAUGGACGUCCUCACAAACAUGAUACCAAGUUGCUCUGGCCCAGAGAAACUCAUAGCAGCUUGCCUCCUUGCUCACUGUGGUUACAAUUAACCAUUAGUUUUACGUUAUAAUUGAGAUAAUCUUUUCAGACAUUGAGAUUUGCGGCUUCUGUUUAAUGUUAAUUAGCUGAUUAUGUCUAGGGUUGGGAGAAGAUUUAUAAGUUGAACUUUUCUUUUGGGUAUAUUAGUAUGCCUGCCUAUGCGCAUAUACCAUUAUAGCUUGUAUCGAAUGAAAGAAUCGAUUACUUCGUAUUUGAAUUAUUGAGAUAUUAGACAUAUUUGCGUCAUCAGAUUGUAUCAGAUCUGCACAAUGUCUUGUGCCGUUACUUUUUGAAUUCAGCAAUCAGAUAUGCUGUGUUUUGUGUGGUAAA